AUGCUAAUUGUAUUAGCUGUGUUUAUUACCAUGAGUCAUUCAGAAACACCAGCCAUGUGUUCUGUUGUACAAGGUCUUUCGGGUUUAAAUGGAAGAGAUGGUGCUAAUGGACCUAAGGGUGACCCAGGAUCAAGAGGUGUGCGUGGGGAGCCUGGAAUUCCAGGUGAAAGAGGAAACCUGGGUCCCCCAGGAAAAGUAGGACCAAAAGGCAAUCCAGGGGAAAAAGGAAAUGCUGGAGUUCAAGGUGUGGACAGUGCUAAAACUGUUGCUAUGGAAAAUCGAAUCGCUUCCUUAGAGAAAAAAUUGUCCUGGCUACAAAAUGUUCUGCUCUACCAUUUCGGUAAAGAAGCUGGUAAUAAAGUGUUUGUGACAAAUGGCAAGAAAGAAAACUUUGACAAAGCCCAGAAGACCUGUAGAGAAGCUGGAGGAAAUGUGGCCAUGCCAAGAAAUGCAGCAGAAAAUAGUGCUGUAGAAAAGGUAGUCAACAUAAGGGAAGGGUCAAACAUGGCUUUCUUAGGUAUAUCAGAUUCACAAUUAGAAGGGACAUUCAAGUACUCAACAGGGGAAACGGUUAAUUUUACCAACUGGAGAUCAGGAGAGCCAAAUAACAGCGGGGACGCUGAAGACUGUGUGGAGAUUCUUGGCAGUGGUCAAUGGAAUGACGUUCCGUGCAGUAAUCAGUAUCUAGUUAUCUGUGAAUUUCAGUCAACUUGAUUAAAUCUGUGGUGAGC